UUUCGUAAAUCGCAAUCGCCAUGAACGCAUCUCUGUCUGUAUUAUCAAUCAGUUUAGUGGUGGUGUAUUUUUUCACUUUCACUCUUGCCCAUGUCGAUGGAAUGCCCACAUGGGGUCAAGGUAGAGCUACGGAAGAUGGUGAUCCAAAUGUACCAAUUUUAUAUCGCCGAUUUAUACGCCGAAAACCAAUCCAGGGCAGAAAACAGGUGGAAGUUUAUGAAAUAUUCGAAACCCAACGCAGACCACCAGCCACACCGUACCGCAUGUCAGACGAGGAGUUAGAUCGGUUUAUAUUUUGCGAUUUUCAUCGUGAGUUGGAAGAAUGUGUACAAUACUGGGAGGAUCGUCGUGCCAAUAAAGUAAAAACCACAACGCCCCGGGCAACUUCAUAUACAACUACAUCUACAACUCCAACUGCAACUCCAUCUACAACUCAAUCUACAACUCCAUCUACAACUCCAUCUACAACUCCAUCUACAACUCCAUCUACAACUCCAACCACAACUUCAUCUACAACUCCAUCUUCAAAUAAUGAUAUCGAUGAUGAUUUUGCUGACGUGGAAACUGACGACGACCAAAAUGAAGACAACUGGGGAAAUCCUGACCUCAAUGAAAUCUUUGACGAAGCAAAUGAUGACGAUUCUCAUCAACCGCAAACCGAAGACGACAGGGGAAAUAAUGGUUUCGAUAAUGGCACUGAGGACGAGGAAAAUGAUGAUAAUGGCGAAGAUCCUCAUCAACCGCAAACAGAAGACAACUGGGGAAACAAUGGUUUCGAUGAUGGCACUGAUGACGAGGAAAAUAACGAAGACGAAGACUAUGAUAAGAAAGAUGUUGAAACUGAUUUCAUGCCGUAUUCCAAUGAAAAAGACUACAACUUGGAAGAGGAAACAGUUAAAGAGGAGACCACAACGGCAUCCGUUUUCAAUCCUUUUAAAUUGUUUUAGGAGCUUUUCUGAGAAAAAAAGGGAUUAAAACUUUUAAUUUUCAUACAAAAUAAAUACUGCGUAUCUUACAAAAGCUGCAGUUGUUCAUUUCUUACAAUAAAUCACUUAUGACAGACAGAUGUUCAAAAAAAAUCGUAUCAAUAAAAACAAAAAUUUGUGUGUGUG